CGCAAAUAAGAGUAAAUGCCCAUUCAGAGAGCAACACACACACACAAGCUAUAGCAAGAGAGCAGGGACGAGACAAAAAGUAGGCUAUUUGCCGUUUUCAUGGUAUUGAUGUCCCUUUUACCAUAGCCUAUCACUUUGUGUAACACAAAUUAAUCAGAAUCAACUUAAUUCGACAAGUACAUUUGCACAUACUCAUGAUGUUACUUGGUGAUACGGUGCUGCUAGUGAUAGACAACAUUUAGAGACAUGAUACAGACAGCGGGGUUUUAACAAAGUAUACAUAUGUAAUUAGCGGUGGUGCGCGCUAAAAGCCUUUCAAUCGGUGACGUCGCUUGCUCUGAGACCUUGAAGUAGUGGUUCCCCUUGCCCUGCAAGGGCUGCGGCUUUUGUGGAGCGAUGGGUAACGAUGCUUCGUGGGUGACUGUUGUUGAUGUGUGCAGAGGGUCCCUGGUUCGCGCCCGGGUAGGGGCGAGGGGACGGACUAAAGUUAUACUGUUACAUUGAUGCUGUUGACCUGGAUUGCUGGUUGCUGCAGAAAAGGAGGAGGUCGAAAGGGGGGUGAGUGUAACCGAUGUGAAAUGGCUAUCUAGUUAGCGGUGGUGCGCGCUAAUAGCCUUUCAAUCGGUGAUGUCACUUGCUCUGAGACCUUGAAGUAGUGGUUCCCCUUGCUCUGCAAGGGCCGCGGCUUUUGUGGAGCGAUGGGUAACGAUGCUUCGUAGGUGACUGUUGUUGAUGUGUGCAGAGGGUCCCUGGGUCGGGGCGAGGGACGGACGUAAAGUUAAACUGUUACACAUAAACUGUUACACAUACAAUGAACAGAGUGAACUUUGCCUACUUCUUUUCGUUGGGCUACACACGCUAUUGGUCCUAUAGUACUGCAACAUGUACACAAAUGUAGGCUUAGCUGAAAUACAGCCAUAUACACAACUGUCAUUUUGCACACUGCGCGGUAAAGCACGGCUAUCAAUAAGCCUGUGGCCUCAAGUCUCAUAUCUGUGCCAUAUGCACGACUAGAUACGAUUUCAGAGCAUCUUUGUGAUGUUGUCACUUGAUUUCCAAAAUUAUUGAAACCGUGGCGAGGAGGUGUACUGUGCAACCACCGUUGGUUUCCUAAAUAAAUUGUGUAGAGUCCUCUAUUGUAUGGAGUCAAAUCGUCCAAAAGUCGAAUGCGCACAAGAUGGAAAGCGCGAAAAGAUCAAACAUUAUUGCGCAAGCAAACACUUGCGUCACUGCUCUCUAACCUGAUUUUUGAUGAUAGAUGGCUGACAAUAGGGAGGUAAGUUUGAUCGUUUUUCAUUAGAGAAACCAACCAACUAUCUACAUAAUCAACUAUGAUUUCAAUAUUGACAUUUAAGUUGGUAGUUAUUUGGUCUUCUGUUAUUAUAGCAGGCUAUUAUUGAGCCAAGCUAGGUUAAUGUCAGCUAGCUAGGAAAUUAACUAGUUAAUAUUAGCUAACUACCUAGCUAGCUAACGUCUAACCCUGUGGUUUAACCAAAAGUGUUUCAUUUUCUAUGGUCAUGUGGUGGUCCGUAGCAAGCUAUUUGCUUUAGUUUUCGAGAUGAUCGAUCUUUAUUGUCCCGAGGGAGGAGCUGUUUUUUAUGUAUUGUGUAUAUUUAUUCUGAACACAUUUCCGUUUGUUGUCAAUGUCAAUUCUUGAUUUUUUUUCUUCAAAAUACUUACUUAUGUGCCCUAACUGGACAGGCAAAUGCCGCUGAGUACUACACUGUAAACCAAUCAAAACUUGUGUACUAUCCAUGUUACUCUCUCUGCUGAUCAACGUAGUAGACAGCUGGUGAUGACAGUUCGAGAGAGAGGUGUCCUUCCAACAAACUGCUAUGAGGACAAUGACCCAACACACCUCCAGGCUGUGUAAGGGCUAUUUGACCAAGAAGGAGAGGGAUGGAGUGCUGCAUCAGAUGACCUGGCCUCCACAAUCACCCGACCUCAAACCAAUUGAGAUGUUUGGAUAAGUUGGACCGCAGAAUGAAGGAAAAGCAGCCAACAAGUGCUCAGCAUAUGUGGGAACUCCUUCAAGACUGUUGGAAAAGCAUUCCAGGUGAAGCUGGUUGAGAGAAUGCCAAGAGUGUGCAAAGCUGUCAUCAAGGUCCAUUUAUAGGGAAAACGUUGGAAGCAAGUGAGUGCUUACUUUUUUUUAUGGGUGCUUUUUGUAGUCUAUCCAAGUCCUGCCUUGUUAUCUCUGAUCUUUAUUAUAGCAGAUUCAGCCAAUCCCCUUACUGUCUUUAAGCUGAUAUCAAAAACAAAUGGCAAUCAAGAAAGUAAAGUGAACACAAUAUAUAGUUCCAGGAGCGGAAAGAUGACAUACAAUGAAUACAAUUCAAACAGCUGUCAAGAGUUUGCAGAAUAAGUUUGCAGGAUCCUCUAAUUGUACUACUGAUUGUUUUAAACCAGGUUUGCACUAAUGAUGGAAGAUGAAAAGCAUAUACAGGUGGUUGCAGUAGCAGCAUCCGAGAAGCCCGCUCCAGCCAUGCCCCACGCAACAACAGUGGCGGAAUUCGGAGUCGUGGACGCGCUGGUGUGCUCAGCCCCCUACCACUCCGCUGCAUCCCAUCUGUCUGCUUGUUGUCAUGGAGGAGCCAAGAUGGCGUUCCUGGCCUAUAGCCUAGGCAAACGGGAAAUAAAUCAGUAUUUUAGCAUUAAAAAUGCUAAAUUAUUAUCCGUUGCUGCCGUCAUUCUACUCACCUUGUUUCACACCGUUUCUCGGUAUUAUGGAGGCGGAGACACGUGUGAGUGGCUGCUGUCCAGUGGGCGGUACCUAGGAGAGACUGUAUGGCAGCCCUAUGGCUGUAUGAUGCACAAAUACAAAAAUACUGAAGCAAAGACUUGCCUUGCUGAGAAAAGGGUGGCCUUCGUUGGUGAUUCUAGAAUACGGCAGCUAUUCUAUUCAUACAUCCAAAUAAUCGAUCCUGCACAAAGAGCAGAUGGAAGAAAGCACGAGAACAUUCUCUUUGAAGACAGGAGCGCUUCAGUCAAUGUGGACUUCCUGUGGUAUGCAGAAGUGAAUAACUCUCUGAAGGAGCGCUUGAUAUCAUGGAGAAAGGAUCCUUCUAUAAAACCAGAUGUUGUCAUCAUCGGAGCUGCCACUUGGUCCAUCAAGUUGCAUGGGGGCAGCAGCGAGGCGCUGCAGCAGUACAGGGCCAACCUCACAGCCAUCUCCUUGCCUCUGGAACAGCUGGCUGAGGAUGGGGAGGUCUACUGGGUCUUACAGGACCCUGUCCAUGAGGAGGGUCUGAGUGACAACAGGAAGAUGAUCACUAACGAGCAGCUGGAGCUAUACAACAAGGUGGUGCUCAGCACUCUGAACAGCAACAAGAAGAACUCCAAGGCCAGAGUCAGGUUCCUGGGCGCCUCGCGCCAGGCUGCUAUGGAAACCAUCACCCAAUCAGCUGACGGCCUGCACCUUCCCGAGAGCACCCGGAACGUGGCUGCCAUGGUGCUGAUGAACGCUGUGUGCAACAAGGUCCUGCGGCCCAUUGACGGCUCCUGCUGCCAGUCCAUGCCGGCCCCCAGCCUCCUCCAGAAACUGAUGGCCUGCGUCUUCCUGGGCUCAGCCCUGGUCUUCCUGGUGCUCCAUGCUCUGGGCCACAACAGGCGCUGGAAGUCCCGGCCCACGCCCCCCGACGUGGAGAGCGGCGAAGAGAAAAAGCCGGCCGCGGCAGCGUCUCCGCUCAACCACAAGGCUCUGUUCCAGGCCCUGUGUAAGAUGGGCCUCAUCAUGGUCUACUUUUACCUGUGUGACCGGGCCGACGUCUUUAUGAAGGAGCAGAAGUUCUACACCCACUCCACCUUCUUCAUCCCCCUCAUCUAUAUGUUUGUCCUGGGGAUCUUCUACAGCGAGAACAGCAAGGAGACCAAGCUGCUGAACAGAGAGCAGACUGACGAGUGGAAGGGCUGGAUGCAGCUGGUCAUCCUCAUUUACCACAUAUCUGGAGCCAGCGUUUUCAUUCCUGUGUACAUGCAUGUCCGUGUCCUGGUGGCAGCCUACCUCUUCCAGACAGGAUACGGACACUUCUCCUUCUUCUGGCUCAAAGGGGACUUUGGAUUAUACAGAGUGUGCCAGGUCCUGUUCCGUCUCAACUUCCUGGUGGUGGUGCUGUGUCUAGUGAUGGACCGGCCGUACCAGUUCUACUACUUUGUGCCCCUGGUCACCUUCUGGUUCGUCGUCAUCUACGCCACCAUGGCCAUGUGGCCCCAGAUACUGCAGAAGAAAGCCAACGGUAGUGGGAUGUGGCACGUUGGGAUUCUCGUGAAGCUGCUUGGGCUACUCCUGUUCAUCUGCUUCUUUGCUUAUUCACAGGGGUUAUUUGAGAACGUUUUCUCAGUAUGGCCCAUCUCCAAGCUCUUUGAGCUGAAUGGAAGCAUUCAUGAGUGGUGGUUUAGGUGGAAGCUGGAUCGAUUUGCCAUUAUCCACGGCAUGCUGUUUGCCUUUGUCUACCUGGUACUACAGAAGUGCCAGGGUCUCUCCGAGGAGAAAGGGGAGCCUCUCUUCUCCACCAGGAUCUCCAACAUUCUACUCCUCAUCUCUGUGUUCUCAUUCAUGACCUACUCCAUAUGGGCCAGCAGCUGUAAAAACAAGACAGAGUGCAACGAGUUGCAUCCCUACAUCUCAGGACUCCAGAUCCUAGCCUUCAUCUUAAUCAGGAACAUUCCCGGUUACUCCCGCUCUUUAUACAGCUCAUUCUUCGCAUGGUUCGGGAAGAUCUCCUUAGAGCUGUUCAUCUGCCAGUACCACAUCUGGCUGGCGGCGGACACCAAGGGCAUCCUGGUGCUGAUCCCAGGCAACCCCUCGCUCAACAUCAUCAUCAGCACCUUCAUCUUUGUGUGCGUGGCCCACGAGAUCUCCGUGAUCACCAACGACCUGGCCCAGGUGGUCAUCCCCAAGGACGGGGGCGCCCUGCUCAGGAGGUUGCUGGCCGCCGGGGUCUUCACCCUGAGCCUACUGCUGGUGUCCAGGAGCGCUGAAGGGAACCAGGAAGGAGGCCACUGAGGGGGGGGGGGGUCUGGUACCACAGUGGGGGAGAGGUAGAUUGAUUUCUAGACUGAGACUGACUGACUUGUUAGUCUUCCAUGCCACCAGGGUCGUAUUCAUUUGGCACCAAGCGGAAUAAAAGGGUCUGAAAGUUUGAGGGACGCCCUGUUUCAUUCCAUACGUCGUGCCUCAAUGAAUACGUCGGGUGAACAGAAAGGUCAAGUUGAGGACAAGGAUAUAUCUCGGCUGUCUGUCUCUUGACUGCUCUGAGUACUGGGGUGAAAUCGAUACAUUGAAGAGGACGAAGUCCCAACGUGGGCCCACACCCCACAGACCAGCACGGAAUAAGGUUCUGACUCCUUUACUAUAGACGUUUACAAUAGAAGAAGGUUGAGGCGGGGGUCAGGGGUGGUGGUGGGUUCAAUGAUGUGUGGAUUUUAAACUAGCUUAAAGGUUCUCAUGCUUGCUGUGUGGUCCGUGCUGCAUUUUCCCCACCCUUCUGAGCCAAACCAUUCCCACCGCCCUGUUCUCUCUUUCGCUCCAUUCCUCUAGGUUAAUCACACUCACAGCUGUUGGUCUAAAGCAGCUCAAUCUGGGAUGGACUUUUCACUGAAAGCCGCGCGAGCGCUCGCUCUCUCGCGCUCUUUCUCUCUGAUGGUGGUAACAGUGAAGAGUGGGUAGAAAAACAGCGGAUUUGUUGUGCUUCCCAAAUGGCACCCUAUUCCCUACACUACUAGUGUGGCAUUUAGGAUGGAAAGAAACUUGCUGAGAGGGUCAUGGUCACCUAGCUCUGAAAUCUGUUUUAUGUACAGUAUUAAAUUAUUUAAAUUAAGCUUAUAUUUUACAGGGUUUUAGUUUUUCAUUUUAAUAUUCAGAGCCCAUGACUACUUUUUGUGAAUUAAGUUUUGCAUGGGUAUUUUUAGUUUUUAUCACCACCUGAAAGACCAGCCAGGCCAGACAGAAGAUGCACUUAUGAAUUUUUAUCGCAGAAUGUUGUUGCAUUCUGGGUCUGACACAACCACUUGUCUGUUUGCGUGUGCGUAGUUUGUUGUUUCACCAACUUAUCCUGGUAUGUUGUAUGGAGAGGUGUAGGAUGUUCUUUCUGUUUUGCUCGUUAGUCCUUCUCUUAAACCAGGCUUCUCAGAGCUACAAUAGAACAGGCACUGCUUUGUACAUACAGAUAACUGACAAAAUAAAGGAAACACUUGAGUUAGUGAGGGACAGCGUUUUCCAUCAACAAAACACCAAAUUAUGGAAUUGCUCGUGGAAGAAUAGUGUCACGUCACUCCAAUAGAGGUCCAGACACUUGUAGAAUCUAUGCCAAGGUGCAUUGAAGCUGUUCUGGUGGCUCAUUGUGGCCCAACACCCUAUUAAAACACUACGUUGGUGUUUCCUUUAUUUUUGUCAGUUACCUGCAUCUACUGUACCAUGGUAGAACUUCUGACAAAGCCUACUUUCAUGUGCAUCAGUAGCUACCACUGUAGCCAGGCCACUGCUAAUGGAUGAGUGAACAGAUGGAUGAAUUCUGCACCUGACUGAAUGCCUUUAACUCGCUACUGUUUUCUCUUGUCAGUUGCCAUACGGCAUCAGUGCCACGUUUGCAUUGAAAUCUGACGCGUCGUGAUCCUUCAUGAGGUAUUUAAAAGAAGUUGAGUGAAUGGAAAGUGUUGGUGUAGAAUAAAAAGCAGUACUUCAUGUUGAGCCUGUCAUGUACCUACAGAUGGACAAUAUACACCAACAGUAAAGCCUUCUUUCAGACAACACAUCUUUGCGUGUAUUUCCAAAUUCUGCUAUGUUAGCUAAGUUUAUACACAGGAAUGUUAGGUUUCUUUGAAACCUUGGAGGUACUGUAGCCUAAACACAACAGCCCAAAUUGUACAGAUUUAAGGAAACAAUGAAUCGCUUCAUAUCCAGUUGUUGAAUCGUUUUGAUACAAUUUUGAGCCAUUGGUUAUAGUGGCCAUUAUUCGACACCCCUUAAAUGUGUAAAUCAACUGCUUAAAGCUUGAUGUUAAGGCAACGCUGCAAAUAUUGUAAGUGUACAUUAAGACUGCAAAUUAGUGAAUUUUAUCUGUAAAUGUUCUGUGCCAUGGAAGGUUAAUGGACUUGGGUUGUACACUGUUGAUUUCCUUUAGGUUCAUCUAGCUUCUCAAUCAAAUUAAAUCAAUACCAUAGAUUGGUCUGACGGGUCUUGGCACUAGGGGUUAUUCAGAAGACUAUUGUGCAUCCCAAAGGGCACCCUAUUUCCUAUGUAAUACACUACUUUUGAUCAGGGUCUAUAGGGGCAUACGCUAUGUCACCUAUUUGCUUGUAAACUCAAAACAUGACUCAUUUUGAUGAAUUGAUGAAGGAUGUUGGUAAAAGGAUCUGACUAAAUGUAUGGCAAUUAUACAGAGUUAUGUUCAGUGUCAACCUGUUUUUCCACCUGAGAAACAUUUAGAUACACAUUUUUUUUUUUCUAUUUUGAUUUACAGUAUUUUGAUUUUCUGUAUGUUAUUCACUAUUGGAGAUGCAUCUUUUUUAAUUGGUUUUGGUUCAAAUUGAAAGAAGCAACAACUGGGUUUACAAUUUUAUUAAUUUGUGACAUCUUAAUGUGAGUUGUACCCAUUUUAUUUAUAGAUACUUUUUAUUUGUAUUCUACAUUGUCAAUAAUACAAACCUUCCUAGAAA